GACUGUGCGCGAGACUACAGUGGUGUGUGUGUAUGUGUGUGUGUUCCAAUGAGUGGGGAAAAGGAGACAACCACUAGCUAAAGAAAGCAAGGAGAAAGAGAGGCAAGUCAACCAUAGUGAGAUAGAAGAAAAAAAGCCAACUAGCCGUGGUCGGUUGAGGGGCAUGGAGAGUAGAGUUUUUAGCUUUGAUGAGUUGGUCGUGUUUUCGUAUUGUUUUUAGAAAAUUAGCCACAUACCUGGUUAAAUCCAGUUAAAGCGCGAGAAGAAGCCUGCAACUGGCUCUGGUCCCUGUUAAGGACCCGUUGAACGGCUAGCUGGCUACAUGGUAUUUUGUUGUCGCUAGCUUAGCUAACAGCCUGCGAGGUAGCUCCGUUGCCAGAAGAAAUUAUUGAAAACUUCUGUGGAAGUAUGGAUGAUCAGACCCGGAUGCUGGCGGGUCUGGGAGGACUCGGCGGAUUAACACAAGAUGUUGGCGACCCCGACUCGGUUCGGAAGCAGCUCGGCCAACCUCAGCAGGACAUUGGGGAUAUUCUUCAACAAAUAAUGGCCAUCACAGACGAGAGCCUGGACGAAGCUCAGGCAAGAUGCUGGCCAGAGGAGGCUCCGGCGCAGUGGGGCGGAACUGACGACCCCACAGAGGGAGGGGGAGCUGGGAGGGGCACGGCAGGGGGUGCCCUGCCGCUCAACUUCCAGCACAGGAAACAUGCUCUGAACUGCCACAGGAUGAAACCAGCCCUCUUCAGCGUCCUGUGUGAGAUCAAAGAGAAGACUGUUCUCAGUAUCCGCGGCGUUCAGGAAGAGGAUCCACCAGAUCCCCAGAUCAUGCGCCUGGACAACAUGCUGCUGGCCGAGGGCGUGUCGGGGCCGGAGAAGGGUGGGGGUUCGGCAGCUGCAGCAGCAGCGGCCGCUGCGGCAGGGGGAUCCCCCAACGACGGCAGCAUUGAGCACUCGGACUACAGAGCCAAGCUGGCCCAGAUCCGCCAGAUCUACCACUCCGAGCUGGAGAAGUAUGAACAGGCGUGCAGUGAGUUCACCAACCACGUGAUGAACCUGCUGCGAGAGCAGUCCCGCACACGGCCCAUCUCCCCGAAGGAGAUCGAGCGCAUGGUGAGCAUCAUCCACCGCAAGUUCAGCUCCAUCCAGAUGCAGCUCAAGCAGAGCACCUGUGAGGCCGUCAUGAUCCUGCGCUCGCGCUUCCUGGACGCCAGGCGCAAGAGGCGCAACUUCAACAAACAGGCAACGGAGGUGCUCAACGAGUACUUCUACUCGCACCUGUCCAACCCGUACCCCAGCGAGGAAGCCAAGGAGGAGCUGGCCAAGAAGUGCGCCAUCACCGUCUCUCAGGUCUCUAAUUGGUUCGGCAACAAGAGAAUUCGGUACAAGAAGAACAUUGGUAAGUUCCAGGAGGAAGCGAACCUGUACGCGGUAAAAACGGCAGUGGACGCUGCCAAUGUGUCGGCGCAAGCUAGCCAGGCUAACUCUCCGGCGACGCCCAACUCAGGUGGAUACCCUGCACCGUGCUACACACCUGACGGCCGGUUAUGAGGAGCUGUCAGGAAGUGGCCUUUUUACCCCACACAGCCUGGACGCUAACAACAGCUGGCAGGACACCACCAACCCCUCUUCCGUCACCUCUCCACCUGGUGCCCCCGGCAGCAUCCAUUCAGACACCUCUAACUAAGACAAAUGCUUUUCUUCCCUACUCUCACACAGACACCCACUGACACGUGCUCUCGACCCACCGCUCCUUCCACUGUCCCUGAUGUGGCCCCCCAAACCACUGCCAUCUCCUUGCUCUGACACCCUCCCCCCCCCUCCCCAACCUCAAGAUCGACACUACCCAUAAGCCCUCUGGACCAUCCCACCGGGCCAGGCAUGAUGGGGGGAAAAAGCACACAAACACUCAAUGCUCACUUCUGAGGACCGCAGCAGAAACACAAAAAGACAGGACUGCCUUCAUCACAAAGGGGCAAAACUCACUGCUGGACCGUGAUAACACUCCUCCACAUAGAGGAGCGAGAGAGAUAGAACACACAGAGAGGUUCCUUCCUGUGAGCCUAAAAACAACACGCAACGUAAUGUGAUGACCGGUCUCCUAACAAAGGCCUGAGAUGAUUGAACUCACUCAUCAUCCACCCACCAACACGCACACACGCACACGCACACACAAACAAGGCGUCACCCUCUGUAGACUUCUGCAUUCAUUUCUGAGGGUGAAACCAGCAGGCGGCUGAGCACCAGACGCCCCUCUGUCUUGGGGAGGAGUCUGCAGCUCUCUCCAGUCACAGUGGACACCUCCCUCUCUGGGUCCUACUCACGGCUCCCCAGCCCCACCACCACCAUCACCACCACGCUUGUACCAAAGUGCUGUACCAACAGUGGUCAUCCCUUCCGUUUCCUCACAGAACAACCUCAGACACCCUUGAACUGAACACCAAUGCAAGAUAUCCUUACAUCCUGUUCUGCUUGUUGCAAGUCGGUUCCUUUUUAACGGAGUUUCAAAAAAAAAAAAAAAAAAAAAAAAAAACAAGCUCAACGUAGCACUAUUAUUAAGUAAGUGAAAAGAACCUUAUAGUAUUGUAAUAAGGUUGUUUAAAGUACUUUUAUCAAACCUCUCAAUGCUUGUAUAUGGACACCCACAAGACACACACACACACACACACACACACACAAACACACACACAGACACAACGUUUACAACAGCUGACAACUAAUGAAAAUGUGUUAAGCACAAGUAUUUUUUUCAGCAAUUGGACCUCUUCCGUAGGACACAGGUCAGAGCAUAGGAUGCUUUCAUUCAGAAAGAAAACAAAGGAGUGCUGAGGUUGCAGCAGGACGUAUGUCAGACAUACCGCUAACAGGCCGAAGAGACAGGAAAGUACUGUGCAGGACAGAGGUUGGGAGAGGAGAAUGUAUAGGUUCUUUCUAUGGAAAUGGAUUUCUAUCUCUCUUUCUCUCCCAUACACACACUCGCACACACACACACACGCACACACACACUCUACACACACUCUGCAGCCACCCUGGUCACUUUUGUUCAAUACUGUUGUGUAAUCCUUGGAUUUUUGUUUUGUUUCCUUUUAUAUAUAAAAAAAAAAUGUAAUCUGUUUCUUUUGUUUUUUUUCUCAAGUAAUACCCCAGCCACCAAAUACAAAAAAGUACAUUUGUAGAGUUGAAUAAUUUUAUGUUAGAAUAAGGGGAGGGGAGACGUGGGAGACUGAAUAGGGAAUGGUUUUUUUCAAAACCAGAGGAAUGCUACGUGUAAUUGUCUUCCAUGCAUGUAGACGUUGGUGUUUUUUGUGGUGUCAUCAGACCUGUGCAUCUACAUCAGUUCAGGUGACUAACUGGUUCGCUCUUCUAUUUUUGACUUCUGGAGAAGUUGUAAAAACUUUUUCGAGAGGGUACUAAUGACAGACCAAAAAAAUGAAGAAAAAAAAAAUCAUCAUACACACACUGUACUGACAAGUCCUGCUGGCUGGUGUUUCUGUUCUUGUUCUUUCUUUGAAUGGUCUCUGUUUAGGGUUCCCUUCCCUUCUCCCUUCCCCUCCUUUCACAACAUGCAGGCAGGAGGCCACAGAUGACCGAUUACAGUCGUUACCUGUAUUGUUACAAACCAAAAAUGUUUUCAGAUAUGUAAUUAUGAUGACAAAACUGUGGUGGGUGUGUUAGUCUGAAAAGUUACACCUGGGGUGGAAACAAGGAGAUUUGUCAGUUUUGCGUCAGUGUAUGUGUUUGUUAAUGUAUGUGUGUAUGAGUAUGAGUGUGUGUGUGUGUGAGUGUGUGUGUGUGUGUGUGUGUGUCUGAUCUUACCUUACGUUACUGUUGGUGUACCAGGGUGGGUGGGAUGUUUUGUUGUGGGUGGUCUGGGGAAGAGAGGUGUAGGGGAAAGGUUGUUUGAUCACUCACCCCUGUGCUUUGAGUUGAUUGUAUCAUGUGUGCAAUGGCAGCAUCCAUUCCACGGGAAGGCACGCUGUCUGUCGCUCUAGUUCUCCCAGCUGACCCCACGGCGGGAACUCCACUCUUUGUCUGUUAUCUAGGCCACUCAAACAAGGGCUUUUACUCUCUCCUUUGAAAAUGAACCAAAAAAGAGCAGCACUGGGUGUGUCAUGAUUCAAGACUAGAGCUUAAUACAGAAACACAUUUUCCACAUUUUUAUUUUCUCUAACUUUUUUUUGUUAACAACUUUAUUGAAAAAAAAGAAAAAAAAGUCAUGGUAGAACCAGAGUGUUUUGAUAUAUGAAUGACAAAUUCUACAUAUGAGACAAAGGACACUGAAAUGUAAAUUAGAGUUUUGUUUGUAAACAACCAAACUCUGACAAGCUUUUCAAGGUAUUAGCCAGAUUCUGGUGUCCUCUGUUCUUUACUGUUACUUAAAAGCGUUUCAUAUGGCUGUCUUUUACAAGUAAUGCUGUUACUACACCAAAAUUAUAAUUUUCUUUUCUUUUCUACCAGUCGUCUGUGGAUGUCUCUGUACAGAUUGUGGAAUGUUUCAACAUAUAUCUUUUUUAUAUAAAGAUUCUGUUUUCUUUUUUUUUCUUCUUUUUUUUUGUUGAGUUUCCUGGUUUGUUUUUGCCUUUACUCUGCAUAUGUAGUAAAGCAACAAUGUUUUCUUUUCUUUUUUUUUUAAACAUUUUAAUUCUACAGCUUAGUUUUUAAGUUUGACUGUGGAUUUUGGAGUGAUUACUUUGCUUAUUUAGUGUGUUUUUGUGGAAAACAGAGUUUGAGUUUGGUGCAGUGAGAAACACUUCCUACACAUACAGAUUUGGCUCUGUUGUUGUUGUUUUUAAAACAAGACUACCAGAAAUGUGCACUGUAGCAAUACCUUCUCCGCAGGCAGAAACCCAAAACUGCACUCUCAUUUUCCGUAGAAUGUAGCUGAUGAAUUGACUCUUACAGGUCAGGCACAGUAGCUUUCCUUUUUUUAAUUCUGAUGUGUUAUACAUUUUUUUUUUUUAAAAGAAAAAAAAGAAAGACACUGAGGUUCUGUGACUCACAUUUAAUGUAGUGAUUUAUUUUAAUUUUUUUGUCUUUUAAGUGUUGUGCUUCUUCAUAUAGAUAACAUCUAUGCCUAGUUUUGGGUCCAGCUGAAGUGGAUAGAGUGUUUUUUUGGAAGAUACCUGUGCCACUGUCGCUGAGCCUGUGUUUGUCAUCCUGCUACUCCUCAGCUUAACAAAUGCCUCUGCACUGCUCGAGUGGCUCCCCCUGCACCAAAUCAGAACUGCAUCGAUAGCGUUUUUAUAUACUUUGUUUUAUUAGACUCUUAGUGUCUCCCUCCUCCUUUCAUUCGUCUUUCUUCUUUAUUCACCCCAUUCUUUUUCUUCUCUACCUCUCUCUUUUUCCAUUUCUCUUGUAUAUAAAUCCCUCUGUUUUCAGGCUGGUCGGCCUGUAAAAUCCUUUUAUACCUCAACUUUAGAACUGUUCUAGUAAGAGAAAAAUAUGAGAAAAUUGUAGUGUUCCUUAUUAGAAAUACAAAAAACUAAUAAAAUAAUCUAGUGUGCUUUUUAUCAUUUUGGGGUGUUUAUUUUGGGGAUGUUUAUUUGCUUGUUUUAAUGGGAACAAUGACCUUUAGUCACUACAACUAUGCUAUUGUGACUUACAAAAAAAAUAAAAAAUGUGUAAAGAA